AUGUCGGACCAAGACCAACCGAGCAGCAGCAGUGGGAAGGGGAAAGAGGAGAAGGCCGUGCCACACCUCGAGCACCAAAGCUGCGCUGAAGAGGAGGAGGAGGAGAAGGAUGGCGCCCAGGCGGAGGGACAGAUGUCCUCAUCCCACGGCAGCCCACUUAACUACUCAGUAAUGGGUCUGAGUUCAGCUGGGGCUGGUGACGGACAUGGCAGUGCCCCUAUAAGAGACAGCACAGUCAGUCAAGGUAAGGGCCCGGGCAAUUCUGGUGCCACUGCUGUCGGCUGUGAUGGCGUUCAUGAUGAUGGCGGCAGUGGUGAUAGUGCUGGCCAUAGUGGUGGUGGUGCUAGUGAUGGCAAUGCAAUGGCCAUGGUAGUGGUGGUGGUGAUGGAAAUGGCCAUGGUGAUGGUAGUGAUGGUGAUGGCUAUGAGGAUGGUGAAGAUGAUAGUAAUGGUGACAAUCUUACAGGUGGUGAUCGUGAUGACAAUGGUGGUGGAGCAUACAGAAACCCUGCUGGAGCACAUGCUGAGACAGUACCCAUUUCCAUUGGAGGUGGUGGAGAACAAUAGUGAGACCCAGGAAGAGCCUGAGGGAUGUUCUCAGCCCAGGAGGGCCAGAGGUGAGCAGAGUCACUUUUAUGAAAAUGCUUCUCUAGACCAGUGGCUGUCCUUAGAGACAAGUGCUCUCCCGAGACCUCGCUGGCAAGUUCUUUCCAGGCUGCGGGACAGGCAGCUGGGGUCAAGUGCCCACUUUGUGCGUGAUGCCUGUGGUGCAAGAGUCUUUGUCCAGCGCUUCUGCCUACAGUAUGGUCUAGCAGGCCAUGCCGCAUGUGUCAAUACAGUGCACUUUAACCAGCGUGGUACCAGGCUGGCCAGUGGAAGUGAUAACCUGCAUGUGAUUGUUUGGGACUGGGUACACCAGCGUCCAGUACUGAACUUUUACAGUGGCCACCAAAAUAAUGUCCUGCAGGCUCAGUUCCUUCCUAAUUGUGAUGAUUCCAUGCUGGCUACAUCUGGUCUUGAUGGGCGCGUCCGGGUAGCAUACCUCUCUGCUAUGCCAUCCACCAAGAUCACCAAGUGUUUGGUGAGGCACAGGGGAGCAGCUCAUAAGUUGGCUCUGGAGCCCGACUCCCCUUUCAAGUUCCUCUCUUGUGGUGAAGAUGGUGUUGUGUUCAAAAUUGACCUCCGGCAAAGUCCACCAGCUUCAAAAGUGGUUGUGACAAAAGAGAAUGAGAAGAAAGUGGGACUAUAUGCAAUCUGUACCAAUCCUGCUAAUAUCUAUCAAUUUGGAGUGGGUGGACAGGAUCAGUUUGUAAGGAUUUAUGACCAGAGGAAAAUUGACCAGAAAGAGAACAAUGGAGUACUCAAGAAGUUCUGUCCUCAUCACCUGGCUGAAACCAAUUCUCCACCAUAUGUCACAGGCCUUACAUAUAGUCAUGAUGGCACUGAGCUCCUAGCCAGCUAUAAUGAUGAUGAUAUCUUCCUCUUCAUCUCUGCUGAUUAUGAUGGAGCUCAGUAUCAGAAGAGAUACAAGGGACACAAAAAUAAUGCCACAGUAAAGAGUGUCAAUUUUUAUGGCCCCAGAAGUGAAUUUGUGGUGAGUGGUAGUGACUGUGGGCACAUUUUUUUUUGGGACAAAUCAUCUUGCCAGAUUGUUCAGUUAUUGGAGGCAGAUGAGAGAGGUUCUGUAACCUCUAUUGAUCCCCAUCCUAACCUGCCUGUGAUGGCAAGCUGUGGCCUAGAUGAGGAAGUCAAGGUCUGGGCCCCCACAGCUGGAGCUCCCACUGAGCUUCGUGGAAUAAAGGAUGUAGUUAUGUUGAACAGGCAGAAACAAGAUGACCUUAGCUUUCAGCAAGCUUCCCUCUUUGACAACAACAUGCUCUUCUUCCUUACAAGUCAAUUUACAGAAAGUCAUUUUAGGAGGCAUAGGACUGCUCCUAGACUUGGUGCCAGCAGUGCAGGGGCAGAUGUCACCUACAGUGAAGAGGAGGAUAGCCAAGAGAGAGUAGAAUUACCCCCAUCCUGA